UAAGUUUAGCUCGAAAAGACACCAUCCGGGGAUCAGAUGUUGACAACACGGCUUGUCUCCCGUGUGUCAGAGUUGACAGUUAUUAGUUGUCAAUUAGCUAAAAACAUGCAACUCUACUAUCUAUAUGACGUAGUUGAUUUAGCGUUAGACAUGAAAAGAAAAAUAACAUGCUCGAAUCCACGUGCACUUUGGUAAUGCUGGCAACAUCAAAAACUGACGCAACGUCCGGCAUGCCCUGUGAAGUGAAGCCUCGGUUCGUGGUCCUGUACGGGUCUCAGAAGGGCCAAGCCCAGUCCAUAGCAGAAGGGGUAGCUGAGGUGGCAGAGGAGCACGGACUGGUUGCUGAGCUCAGCUGCUUGAACCAAAAUGAGAAGUACAAUUUGGAGAAGGAGAAUGCGCCAGUCGUCUUUAUUGUGUCAACUACUGGAGAUGGGGAAGUGCCAGACAAUGCCCUCCAAUUUGUAAGGCGCAUCAAGAAGAAGACCCUCUCCACGGACCACUAUAAACACCUUUGCUAUGCACUUUUAGCUUUAGGAGACACAAAUUAUGCAAAUUUCUGCAAUGGUGGGAAGAUAGUUGAGCGUCGUCUACAGGAACUUGGAGCCAAACAAUUCUAUGCAACAGGAUAUGCAGAUGAUGGUGUAGGGCUGGAGGUGGUCGUGGAGCCCUGGCUUGAAGGACUGUGGAAAGCAAUCAAAGGAGCCUUAUCAAAAAUGGCUUCUGAUAGGACUGGUCACUUGAAAGGAGAAGCAGGGGAUUCACCAAACGAACCUCCUGAUUUAUCCAUACCAGAUGUUCAACUAAACCUCUUAAGCAUGACUGACCACCAGAACUGCGAGUCAGUCGGAGCUUCUGUGCAAACGGUCUCCAAAUUUCCAUCUGCUGCUUCAUCUUUGGCUUCUGCUACACAGACUGCUGUUUCUGAUUUUAGGCCAGCUUCUCCUGCAGGGAGCCCUGGGUUGGCGUCCCAGUCUCGUGGUGCUGCCAGCGUUUUUACAUCAGCACCGGAGACACAAACCGGGGAUGCUGGAGUUCCCCAUGUUGCAUUGGCAGCCUCACUGACACGCUCCCUGCCGCCGCUGUCUGAGUCCUCUCUUAAUGUUCCUGCUCUGCCUCCUCCCUACCUGGAUGUCUCUUUUCAGGAGGUGGACACUAUGGAACAGCUUAUUGGACCGUUAAACAAAGAGACUCUUCAUGAGGUUCCCAUAUCCAGGGCAGUUCAGUUGACCAGAGGAGAUUCAGUCAAGAUGGCCCUUCUCUUAGAGCUGGACAUCUCCGCAUACCUGAUGAUGACCUAUCAGCCAGGUGAUUCGUUUGAUGUGUUCUGCCCAAACAGGGCCACUGAGGUGGAGGACAUGCUCCACAGACUGGGCCUUCAUGACCAGAGGAACCACAGAGUACACAUUUCUCUACGUAAAGACACAAAAAAAAAAGGCGCCCAGGUGCCAUCCUACAUAGUCCACAACAUUUCUCUGCUGUACUUGCUCACAUGGUGUCUAGAGAUCAGAAGUGUUCCUAAGAAGGCAUUUCUCCGAGCGCUGGUGGAGCAUACGGAGGAUGGUGUGCAGAGGAGGAGACUGCAGGAACUCUGCAGUAAACAAGGCACCACAGACUACAACUUGUAUGUGAGAGACCCGAGCCUCAGCGUUUCGGAGCUUCUCGCAGCUUUCCCAUCCUGCUCACCUCCUCUCAGCCUCCUCAUAGAGCAUUUGCCGAAACUGCAGCCCAGGCCUUAUUCAGCAGCCAGCUCCUGUCUUAGACACCCAGGAAAGCUGCAUUUUGUCUUUAACAUGGUAGAGUUCCCAGCAUGCUCUGGGCGGCCUGCGGGGAGGCGAGGCUUGUGUACUGGUUGGCUGUUUGACCUCAUCAAUCCUGUCCUGGUCUUCCCUGGGAAGGCUGAAUCCUCCGGCAGCCCGGCUCUGCCAAAGAUCCAUGUCAGUUUGAGACCCAACUGCUCUUUUCGGCCUCCCUCUGACCUGUCAGUGCCCUUCAUAAUGGUUGGACCGGGCACAGGAGUUGCCCCCUUCAUUGGAUUCCUCCAGCAAAGAGAGAAGGAGAGGCAGGAGAACCCUGAGGCCACAUGUGGUGAGACCUGGCUGUUCUUUGGUUGUCGCCACAGAGACGGAGACUACCUGUUCAGAGAGGAGCUGGAGAGCUUUGUGUCCAGCGGUACCCUGAGCCACCUCAAGGUGUGUUUCUCCAGAGACAACCAGGAGGAAGAGGAGGCCACGACCCCAGCAGCACGACCCAGAUAUGUCCAACACAACCUGCUACUCAACAGCCAACCCAUCACUGACAUCCUGCUCAAACAGAACGGUUACCUCUAUGUCUGCGGAGAUGCUAAGAACAUGGCUAAAGACGUGAACAAUGCCCUGAUGGAGAUGAUCAAAACAGAGCUUCAGGUGGACCAACUGGAUGCCAUGAAGAGACUGGCAGGGCUUAGAGAGGAGAAACGCUAUUUACAGGACGUCUGGGGCUGACAGCGGAUGACGAGAUAAGGGCAUUUGAAGCAUCCACUGGGCUUUUUUUACACCUUCAAAAAACAUAUUUCAGCAUGCUCAGCUGUAACCUCUGGAACCAUAAAAUUGUGGGAUGCUAAAGCCCCGAGUUACUUUACACCACCCAACCCUACCAAGGUGGAAGGUAUCAUGCUGACCCGAGGAUAUCGGUUCACUACAUCAUCUUGGGCUUUGCUGUUUGAACAGAAAUGACCUUGGUCAGGGCAAUAGAGCUGGAGAUUGGUCCUGCAGUGUGAAAAUGCUUUUAGUGUAGACAAGCCUCCUCCAUUCGUCCUGUGUGGGGAAAAUGCAUUUAUUUCCGUCGGCUGUGAUGGAGUGAUUUUGAUGAGACUCAGAGUGGAAUAUCGCUCCAACCUAGAUGGAAACAACACAUCAAUUUGUAGUUCUUUAACAGCCCACGCACAGUAAACUGUUUAUUGUCAUUCAGGAGGAAAGAAACAAUUUUUGAGUUAUUGAGUUAUUUUUGUUUUUGGAAUGUGCCAAACCACCUCUGAAUGCACCACGGUUUUACCUCUGAAGUCAUAAUCAGUAGAAAUUUUUUAAAUGAAUGAUGAUUUGAAAAUGUAUCUCGAUUCCAUAAUAAGUUGGUUUGAUUGGUUUGCUCCAGUAUUACGCAGUAUCAUCAUAUUUUCAUCCAAAAUGUUGUGGAUAUAGUGUACUUUUUAUCCUAUUUUGGAGAUAAUGAAGACAGGUUUUAAUGUAUGCGGUCCUAAAAAGGUGACUUAUUUGUAUGUGAAGUCCUUGGCGAUGAGGACAGCUUUUAGUGAUUUAUCAUUUUACUGUGUUAAAUUUGUACAGAGGGCGUGAAUCUCAAUGAUAAUGUGCAGCUCAAAAUGUAUCUAACCAACUUUGUUUGUGUCUGUCUGCCCCAGCACACUGCCAGUUUGGAGACCGUGAACUCCAACUUUUCUAAGUCCUGCAAACCCAACUGAAAUCUCCCAAACUGUGGUUAAAACAAACACAACUGUGCCUUGUGUGAUCAGGAAUUAAAAGACAUUUCAGCGUAAA